CUCCCAACAACAAUCCAAUUUAUCUUCAUCUUCGAACUUAUCAUCCAUAAUAUUAUAGUUCUUAAUUUUUGUGUUGAAAUUCAACAACUAAAACCAUGUCACUCAUUCAUCAACUUCUUGGUGAUGAAACCUACGACCCCUUUCUGUCUACGAUCAACAAGUGCCCCGUUCUAAGCACCCCCACGGAUUGGAAGGAGACCAAAGAUUGCCACGUGUUCAUAUCUGACCUUCCGGGGCUGAAGAAAGAUGAGGUCAAGGUAGAAGUUGAUGAGGGAAGGGUGCUUCGGAUUAGUGGUGAGAGGAAAAACAAUGUGAAUGAUGAAGAUGACAAGAACAACACGUGGCAUCGCAUUGAACGUUGCCGUGGCAAGUUUCAAAGGAGGUUUAGGCUCCCAGAGAAUGCUAAGGUGGAUCAUGUUAAGGCUUCCAUGGAGAAUGGUGUCCUUGUUGUGACUAUCCCUAAGCAAGAGGUGAAGAAGCCAGAGACCAAGGUGAUUCAAAUUGAGGGGUCCUAAAAGGAUUUGGGAACUUUAAUGUGAAAUCUAAUUAAUACUAGAGACUUUGUUGUUGUGCAUGUGAAUGAUGUGUGAAUGAGGAAAUAAAAGGGUUGUGGUAGUGCUACAGCCUACGUGUUUGUGGCGUAGUUGCUUGUUGUAUGUUUAGUACGUUGGUUUGAUAAUACUCAUGCCGAGUGUUGCAAUUUAUAAAUUGCUAAGGGUGUGUUUCUAAACAAGUUAGUUUCAAUGUAUCCCAUGUUGAAUCCAAUGAGAAAAUAAAGUUGUUUUUACAUUUUGUUUA